AUGAGUGGCAUCGAGAUUCUUGGUGUUGUUAUGGGUGCUCUCCCCUUGAUAACAUCCAUAAUCGACCAGUACCGAGUCUCAAAGCGGAUCUACAAAGUCUUUCGGUACAAAGAGCCUUACAUCGAUCAACUCAUCCAGUCACUGAAGACACAGAGCUUCUUUCUGGAAACCGAUCUUCUUCUCAUCCUGAAAGAGACAUUCGGCGAAGAAUUUGUUCGCUCUAUCCCCGAUUUCGCGCAAAUUUCGCCCACCCUUUUCGAAAACCCGGAAGUUGCCGCUCGAAUUCAGGAAUACCUCGGUGAUGGAUACGCACAUUAUAGAGUUGCAGUGCUCCGAUGCGAGGAUAUCCUAGCUGGGAUAGCUAAGAAUAUCGGUGGUCUUGUCUCGGGAAAACAGACUCUUCAUACCCUGAUCCAAGCCUAUCCGAGAAAAAAUGGCUCAUACGAGUUGACAAGGAAGAUCAAGUUUGCUUUAGAUCGCGAUUCACUGCAGACAAAAAUCAGUAAUCUUGAUGAUGCCACCAAAAUGCUGAGCCGGAUUCGCGAGAAUAGCUCUGCUAGGACUGGAGUCGUCAUUCACUCCAACUCCUUGACUGGAAGGAGGUCGGUAUCCUCCUUCGACAUCAUACGGAAACACGCUUGGCGAUUGUACGCGGCAAUCUCUACGAUCUAUACAAACGGCUGCCACCCCGAACAUGGAGCAAACCUAUUCCUCGAAAGCAGGGCCGAGCUGUUGGAUAGAAAGCAUCGAACAACGAAUACAAAACCAGUCACCUUCAAGUUAUCAUUCGGUCCAGCUAGCCAGACGGGAGAGUUCCACUCCCCUCUCGCUCUGGAAGUGAAAGCUUUGGCCGCAGACCCGUUCUCUGAUACACCAAGUCGGCAAGGCUUACAAGUUCCUUGCAUCUCGCAAAAAUCCUUGGUCAACACUCCUCGUGUAUCCUACGACACAACGGUUUCAAGAGGGAACUACAGAAGCUCAUCAACUGCAAUCAAUACGUCUACCCAUAACCAGGCUGCAUCAGAACCAAGUGUCGUUGGAGAUCUGUGCCUGCACCUUUCAAACAAAACGGAGCUACAACACUUGCUGCUAUGCGAGAAUAGUCGUCUUUGGUGCCACCAGGAUGCCAUCAAUCCAACCUUACCGCAGUCCGCCACCCCGAACACCACUGUCUUCUCCCUCGAUCAACUACUACAAGCUACAUCUCCAAUAAAGCUGCUCCUCAACCCGCGAAUGGCAUUAUCAUUCAGCAUCGCAUCAUCAGUGAUGCAGUUAAAUUUCACACAAUGGCUUCACCACCCACUAACAAGCGCCAUGGUCAAAAUCCUACCCGACAGUCCCAGCAAGAGAGGAUCAGGCAUUCGGCCAUUUAUCAGCCACACCUUCUCACCGAAUUCAGAAGAGCCAAAGCCAUGUCUAGUCCGACGAGCGAUUCUUGAGCUUGGCAUUCUUCUUCUGGAAUUAUGGCACUCGCAACCAUUUACCACAUACGCCGCAGAAGCCAACGUUUCACUUGAUGACUGCUUUGCGGUUCGAUAUGAGGCUGCGCGCAGAUGGUUGGAUGCCAGUAGAGACGAUGUUCUUCCGCAUUAUUUGACGGUUGUUACCAGGUGCGUUGAAUGCACUUUUUUCAGCAAUACUGCAGACCUGGACUGGGAUGAUGAGGCGUUUCGGCAAUCCUUCUUUGAACAUGUUGUCAAGCCUUUGUGGGAGAAUUGUCCUGCGAGCCUGAGGUGA